GACGGUUUGUGUGAAAAUACACACUUGCUUUUGUACGCAUGUGUGUGUUCGGGUGUGUGUUUUCGUCCUCUGAGCAGUCCUCCGGAAAUGUGUGGGUGACUCAUGAAGAGAUGGAGAACCUGGCUUCCUCCACUAAAGCGGACAAUGAGGAGGGCAGCUGGGCACAGGUGAGGUCGCUGACUCUGGCAUAUGGCGACAUGAAUCAUGAGUGGAUAGGGAAUGAAUGGCUGCCCAGCCUCGGCCUCCCUCAGUACCGCUCCUACUUCAUGGAGUGUCUAGUUGACGCACGCAUGCUGGACCACCUGACCAAGAAGGACCUUAGGAGCCACCUCAAGAUGGUGGACAGCUUCCAUAGGGCUAGUCUGCAGUAUGGGAUUAUGUGCUUGAAGAGACUCAAUUAUGACAGGAAAGAACUGGAUCGCCGGAGAGAGGACAGCCAACACGAGAUGAAAGAUGUGUUGGUGUGGACCAAUGAGCAGGUGAUCCAUUGGGUCCUGUCCAUUGGUUUGAGGGAGUAUAACGGCAACCUUUUGGAGAGCGGCAUCCACGGAGCUCUCCUCUCUCUGGACGAGACCUUUGACUACAGCAGCCUCGCACUCAUCCUGCAGAUCCCUAUGCAGAACACACAGGCACGGCAGGUACUGGAGAGGGAGUUCAACAACCUGUUAGCCUUGGGGACCGACCGUCGACUAGAGGAGAGUGGGGAUGACAAGUCUUUUCGACGCUCUCCAUCGUGGCGCAAGAGGUUUCGGGCGCGUGAGGGAGGGGUGGGGAUGGGCAUGAUGGCGGGCUCCAUGGAAACGCUGCCUGCUGGCUUCCACAUGCCGUCGAUGUCCAUGCCGCCCUCUGUGAACUUGAUGACCAAGAAACAGCUCCAGUCUGAAGCUCCACCACCGGCCUCACCGAGACUCGACCCCUCGGCCGUGCGGACCUACUCAUGCUAACUUCUGUCUGCUUACUAACAGGAGCGCUAGUGCUAACAGUGCAUUCUCAUUACCUAUAUGGACACAUGCUUGCGGCCUUUUGAGAGUGAUAUGCCAAAUCUGGAGAGGGAGUCCCGGGUGCCACUGGGGAAGGGUCUUCACCCCUCUUGUCGCCCGGCCUCGCCUCCCAUCUUUCACCUCUCACCUCUCCUUCGGACACGUGCAAUACAGAGGCCAACUCUGACCUUUGAACUCUUGAGAGUGCUCAUUGGCUGCGCUCGCUGCUGUAAAGGAGACUCGUCCCUGUCUCUCCCAGUUUACCCCAGUGCUCCCAGUAGCCUUGUUGUUGUGGUGUUGUGCUCCUGCUCCCCUGGUGUCAGCUGUGGGUUCUUGUCCUGGUUCUAAUCUCUCAACAUGGCCAAGUCCAAACCAAUCUUCCAGUGUCAUCGCCUCAAAGGCAAAACAAAAGUUGGUUAGUGUAAAAAGAAAAUAUAUAAAAGAAAGCUGAUAAGCUAUUGAUUUGGACUUGGGAAUGAUGAAUACUUGUAUAAAUGGCAGAUCCCACUGCACAUUGCCCCUCUACCGGUUAUGCAAGGUAUUACUCAUUUAUCGUCUAUGUACAUAAAAUGGAUGACUUAUGUUUUUUAUAGAAAUAUUAUAUAUAUAUAUUGGAAAUAUAUAUGGAAAAUAAUAUAUAUAAUUGCUGUAUGAAACCCAAUGCCCUGUAUUCGAUAGUGACUGUUCUCUUUCUCUUCCUCUUUCUUUCUCUCCGUGUCGGACCUUUGUGUGUCUUUUGCUGUAAGUGUGUGAAUCGUUAGUGGGAGGGUCUCACUAAAGAGGGGGUGUGUUUCUACAAGGACUCUUCACAGGUUCAUGGGUCCAAUUCCAGACUUUUCUCUCUUUGCCUCUUCUUCUCCUGUUCUUUCCUUUUCCCUCCUCCUCCUCCUCUUUUGACACUAUGUAGCUGUUACCUCUCCUCUUUUCGCCUCUCUCGCCUUCAGUAUGACACUAUGUAGCCUAGAAUAGAGAGAAUCCUUUAAUAUGAAGAGUGUGUGUGUAUGUGUGAGUGGGCAAAUAAGUCUCUCUAUCGGAGACUUUAAGAGAAAUUGUGUGUGAAAGGCCGACCCCAGCCAUGUGACCAUGACUUUUCUCUGUGGAUGGGUAGUGUGAACACUGUAGCUCCUCUCUGUUGGUUCCUUACUUUCUCUCAAAUCAAACUGUAAACUGCUGCUCAACAUCAGCCAAUGACAAACACGUAAAACUGCUCAACGUGACGGACUCCUCUAAUCCCGUCCCGUCACCUCCCCAUUUAGUUGCCAUGGAGACGUGCCAGUGAGCAGUCAGUACUCUCGGCUGACCAACUCCUCAUCCAAUGAGAACACAGCAUAUGAACCAGUGAACAGCUGGAUGGGUGUACAAUCUUUUAUUUAUUUUUAUUUUAGAGUUUUUUCAAGGUGUCUAAAAGGUGUAAUGUGCUAUGUGGCAGCUAUGAGUACUGUGUCUUUAUUCCAGGUGUGAAACAAUGCUGACAAAUCAAGAUUUUAUUAUUUGGCUAUUUAAAAAAGUGAACUGUAUUUAUGACACUAUAUAGACAUAA